UCAACUGAGCACACAUUCACCGAUGCAGCAGGUGACCAUGUCUCCUUCCAUCUGCCUCGCCAUCUUGUUGCUUGCACUGGUCUCGCCGUCACCGGCAUCAGCCAGCAUUACCAACAACAAUGGCGUCGCCGUCGCGGCCCCUAGAGUGCCCGUGGCGUUCCAGUUCCUGCAGGGGCACAACGACGCGCGCCGCGAGGUCGGCGUGGCACCCCUGGAGUGGAACUGGACGCUGGGGCAGGACGCCAAGCGGUACGCGGCCCAGCUCGUCGUCCGCUGCAAGCUGGAGCCGCCAAAGUACAUCCCGCCGAUCUACGCGCGGAACAGGUACUGGGGCAGCGGGAAACAAGACGGCGCCGCCGCCACCGGCUCGUGGGUGUACGAGCGGCGGUGGUACGACCACGGCGCCAACGCGUGCGCGCCCGGCAAGGAAUGCGGGUCCUACAAGUUGGUGGUGCGGAACACCACGCGAGAGCUCGGCUGCGCCUGCCGCACCUGCCGCGGCAGCAACGACACCGUGGCUGUUUGCAGCUACUCCCCUGGCGGCAACUUCGCCGACCCGCCAUACUGAGUACGUCGACGUCCAUACGGAAGCUACGUCAGGAAAGAUGUGGCCAACUAAUAUAUGAUGAGAAAUAAGGCGUUUGGUCCUUCGUUUUUUGGUCAAGUAAUGGGAAAUUCGGAUUACCCUGUGACUGAAGCUGUCUGUUACUUUGGUUUUGUUCAGUUCACCCGUACUGUAAACCACCUUAUCCCACUAUACUGCAAUGUUAUUGGUAGCUGAA